CGAUGGAAGUCGUUUCGUUCCGUGUACGCCAUCCUGGUGAUAUUGGCGUUCCUCGCGCGGACCUACAUGAGCGCCGUGCAAAGCGACACUGCCAUGGCCAUUGCCGAGGACGUGACGCUGCAGUUGUUCCUGUGCUUCAUCGGCAUCUCGUUCUUCAUGCUCGGGAUGCGCUGGAGACAGUUUUCUCUACUUUUCUUGAGGAUAGAAAAGCAUUCGGAGAACGCUGUGGGCGACGCGCAUCCCGCGGGCGUGGGCAGAAGGAUGUGGCUGGUCACCGUCGGCGUGUUUGGCUGUGCCCUCGUGGAACACGUUUUCGACAGGUUUACUGAAGUCAUGAACAUUAUGGAAUUCGGCAACUACACGUCGGUUCAAGCCUAUUUAGACGAUACGCUGUUUGAGAGGCCAUUCUGGGAGGCUGCCCUCAAGGUUUUCGAGUUCAUAUCGUACACGUACUGGGCAGUGCUUGUUGCAUUCAACGAUCUAUUUACAAUGCUCUGUGCUGUCUACAUAGCCAUGCGUGUUGCAAAUUUUAACAGUCACCUUGCCCCGACAUUAACAAAGAAUAAGGAUAAAUAUUUUUGGGAGGAUGCGCGAUACUCGUACGACGCUCUCGCCAGGCUGACCAACGAUGUCGACCGCUUCAUCAGUGGCAACAUUCUCAUGACGUUUGUUCGAAACUUGUUUUACAUAUGCUUCCAGCUUCUCUAUUUUUUAAGAGCUUCCAGUGACGACGGCCUUUGGCGACAUAUAUAUCACAUCGGUACUUUUGGCUACGUCUUGAUGCGUACCCUAGCCGUUUCGUUCUUCGCCGCCUCCGUAAACGACCAGAGCAAGCUGUGCAAGACGUUUCUUUAUUCCGUUUCGGAGCGUUCCUACUGCCCUGAGGUCCAUCGCUUGCUGGAGCAGGCCGCCAACGACGAAAUGUUCCUGACGGGCUACAACUUCUUCCGAAUAACACGGUCCUUCAUAUUGACAGUGGCCGGGACCAUGGCAACAUACGAAGUGAUACUUCUGCAGAUACACGUUAGAAAAUAAAUAGCAAAGAAUUGCCAUUAUUUUUAACAUCACUCCGAGAUCUCAGACAUAAUUUUCAGCUUAUGGCUUUUACUGUUUGUGAGGCGCCUCGCGCGCAACUUUUACAUAUUUUGCACAGCAGCAAAAUAUUGCCCUCUAAAGCGAUUGAGCACAUAUCAGACUUUAUUUUGUUUUCGUGUAAAUAAAAAAAACGUGAGUGCCAAAGCCACAACAAGUGAAA